AAGAGACAAAGACACACAAUAAUGAAUAAAAAAAAAAGAAAUUAAGACUUACAUAUUGAUCUAAUAAUACUUUCCUUUCACCCAUAAUGCUUUAUAAAUAUAAAAAAAAAACAAAAAAUAAAACAAAAUAUUCGACAGCAAGACAAUAAUAACACAGAAAUAAAAUAAUGAAGAAAACAGCAAGAAAAACAAGCAACGUGAUUGGCUGGAGGCUGGUGGUGGGCUGCUGUGAUUGGUGGACAAGGGGAAGCUGUGGUCGUGCUGUCUGUGUGCUGUGCGAGGGGUGGCAGCUGUGUCCGUGUCAUCGGGGACUUGACAUAGAGGUCACCACAGGACUUCAAUACAACAUCAGUAUGGCUCACCAGACACUUCCCCUCACACUGGGUGCCUUGAGGUGCCUUGUGAACACCUCCCUCCUACACUCCUGCCCCUCACAGCCCUCCUACACUUCCUGCCCCAGUUGUGAGUGUGAGGGCCACUUGCAUGUUUUUAUCAGUGUAAGUGGCAUCACUCCUGCAGGACAGAAAGCGAAAGGUGACACAGUCACUGGUGUUGUCAAGGAGGUGAUGCAGGAGGUGGAGGAAACACUGACAGACCAACACACAAAAGUGAAGAGGAGAGGUGCCUGCCAGCUUUCCACACCCAACAUGAAAAGAUUUUAUGUUGACAAGUUUACAGAUGUUGAUGUUUGGUGUUAGCAUUGACCAGGUUGACUUGAAGGAGCACACCACCAGGAUUCUGAUGCAGGGAGUGGAGAGGAGGGGAGGGUGUGUGUGUGUCUUCAUGCCAGUGUGGUGGGAGGGGUUCAGAGCCUCAGCCUUGGCUAAGUCAGCCUCCCACAACACUGGCUCAUCAAGCUUCCGUAAGAAAAUAUAAAGUCUUUGAACUAUAAGUUAAAUUUGUUACUUGACAUCUUUGGUUUGCCUUGAAUGAAGUGACAUUUUAUCUUAUGUAGAUGUAAUUGUCAAUAUUUCACAUUGUUCAUUGUUAAAUUGUUUAGGUGAUGUAGUUGCAUCAGAGUAACUAGAUGGAAGGAGACUGGCAUAAGAUGUGUCGUCUGUGCCUUGAUGGUCACAGUCUAGCACCCCCCACCUGUCUUCCCUCACUCACCACACUCCUUCAUCCCUGUCUGGACUCCUUUUGUCUUUCCUCAGGUACACUUGGUCAGAAGGCAUAUUAUGGUCUUCCUGUACAGUCCACCAAUACCAGAUAGUUGUGGCUGUCAUACACUUUUUCAGUCAUUAAAGUAAUAAAGUCUUAGUGAACCACCUCAGUAGUAUUUCAUUCAAGCACAAACUACUCCACGGCUUACAUAAUGACAUGCAGCAGUCUUUGGUAUAUUGUGCUUGUUUGUGAAAUGCUGUGUUCCUUCUUGCAGCAUCCUGUGAAGAGACAGACUGCUGUGAGAGACAAGUUCCUGUGCACCAUGACCACCAUUCUGUUGAUCCCUGAAUGUGAGUCUCCUUGCACAAGAGAGGUAUAAUUUGGCCCAGAGUUACAUUAGGUUAGGUUAGGCCCAGAGUGUUUGUGGUGUUUGUGGUGCAAUAAGCUUGUGGCAGUGUCCUCUGGUGGCCCUUGUUAUGUUCCUUACUUAUUUCAUGGACCAGUGUUGUAAUGUGGAAACUUUCUGUGAUUUACUGUUUUCCUCUGAAGUGUGGCUUAUCUAAAUGACUAAUUCUGUGGUCAUCACCCGACCCACAAAACUGUUGUUGUCUGUCUGCAUUACCAUUGUUGACAAUAAAAGUUAUCUAUCUA